CCCCGCCUUCGCAACGGCAGUGGUGCGGUCGGGCAUUGCCCAGCAGCCUCCGCCGCUACUACCGCUGCCGUAGUUAAGGCGACCUCGUCGGCCCCACCGACCGCCUACUCCUGUCCCACCCCCACUGCUGGGCCCAAGUGGUACAGCCCGUCCUCGCUCGGCUCCCAGUCGCCGCCGCCGCCGCCGCCGCCGCCGCUUCGGGUUCGCCCCCGUCUCCGCCUCGGCGUCGCCCUCGUCGUCCCGCCUUUCCGUGGACCGGUGUAUGAGUGAUUUAUAACCGCGGCCCCGCCAUGUCCACGCCCGCCCGGAGGCGCCUCAUGCGGGACUUCAAACGGCUACAGGAGGAUCCCCCGGCUGGAGUGAGCGGGGCCCCCUCGGAGAACAACAUCAUGGUGUGGAACGCCGUCAUCUUCGGGCCUGAGGGAACCCCCUUUGAAGAUGGGACUUUCAAGCUUACCAUAGAAUUCACGGAAGAAUACCCAAACAAGCCACCUACUGUUAGAUUUGUGUCUAAAAUGUUUCAUCCAAAUGUCUAUGCAGAUGGUAGUAUAUGUCUGGAUAUUCUUCAGAAUCGUUGGAGUCCGACCUAUGAUGUAUCUUCUAUCUUAACAUCCAUACAGUCUCUAUUGGAUGAGCCCAAUCCAAACAGCCCAGCAAACAGCCAGGCAGCUCAACUAUACCAAGAGAAUAAGCGGGAAUAUGAAAAACGGGUUUCUGCAAUAGUCGAACAGAGUUGGCGUGACUGUUGACCCUGGAUGAUGCAAAUGAACACUCUGAUGAGGAAAAUAUAUAUAUGUGUCUGAGUCAUCCUCCUCCUCCUCCUCCUAGCAUCACUGCAUUUACUUUGAAAGCAAAAUAGCUGUUGUGCUGUUGCCACCCACCCUCGCUGAAGCUUUUUUCUCCUCGGACAUCAGAAAGCACCCCCUUCCCAUUCCCCCCCUUGAGGUCAAAUGUACUGUACUUGGGUUACUUGUAAAAGAAUUAACUGAGGCUGAAAUGCCACUCUGUGGUCUUACCAUCUCCAGUCUUAGGGGCAGUAUUGUGCAUUUCUGUAGUGUACACGAAUCUUUUAAUUGUAAUUGUGUUAUACACAGUGAUGCUUAUGUGUAGCUUGAUUUAAACAAAAGGGAUGUUUAUAUACAAUAUACAUUUUUAACUAUGACUCAAGUGCUGAUCUGUCCAGGCUGGUCAUUUAACUGCUCGUAUCAAAUUCACUGCAUCUGUAAGUACUCUGUGGAGAACUAAAUUUUCCGAUUUUUGGUUUUCUCAUACUGAGUUUUUCUGUUCACAGCAGUAAAUUGUGAAAAGUAUUUAGAAUGACAAGAUAGAUUCCUUGUCAAGCUCAUGAGGGAGUCGGUGAGGGGAGAAAAGGGGGCUGUCAGCUUCUGUGGGUCACAUGCAGUCUACGUCAAUGUAACGUGGUGAACACAUCCAGGUGCAGUGGUGAAUAUCCUUUCUGUAGGAGCACAGGGUAUCAUAACUUGUCACAAGCUCUCACAGCCUUUGUUGGUAGGGGUGGGCGAUGGAAGUGAUAGGAGUUAACAAUUGCUCAGCAAAUGGUAAAAGGCAGACUGAAACCAGAAUGCUUCAGAAAACACAUUUCAGUCUUUGAUUUUAAUUUCUACCUCUGUUAAUCAGAUGCUGCCGCUCUACAUUCUGUUGGUAAAAAUAGGGAGAUCAUAAGAGCUACUGCUGCAUGCCUCAUUCUCUUCCCUCCCCCCCUCAGUUUCUAUAAAGUUGAAUCCACCUUUGCAAAUGCAUUUUUGUAAAGCUCAGUUUGUACAUUUUGGAUACCUUAAGCAGCAGUGUGGGAGGAGACUGAUCAGUGUGUUUGUCUGCUCUUCCAGUGUCUUCUGUGUAUACAUUGAUCUGUUGAGUACAACUUUGCACAAGUAACCCAUGUAAGAAACUGUACAUUUUUUCAAUUACUUGUAAAUAAAUGUGUAACCUUAA